AUGCCUAAACGGAAUAAACAAUCAAUAAGUGAUCCGGAUCAUUGUAAAACUAGUUGUUGCUAUACAUGUAAAUUAAAAUCAACACAGAAAAGAUCAAAUUAUAAACGUGAAAUACAUGAAAUUUCUUCUCCUCUACGUCCGGAACAAAUUUCAUAUAUCCUUAGUCGUAAUAAAACAUUCGAUGAAAUUUCUAUGCCAUCUGCAUGGAUUGCACCAUUUCCAUCCAAAUGUGUCACUGGAAAAUUUACACCUACAUCAUUCAAAUCAGAUAAUAAUCAAAUUGAUCAUUUACAUCAACGUAUAAGUCCUAGUCUUAUACAAACAACUCCAUUGAAUAUUCAACCGAAUGUAACAACUUCACAAUUAGAUCAUCAACAAAAGAUUAAAUCAAAUCAAUCAUGGUCAAAAACUACUGAUGAUCCAUAUGGUACAUCAUUAGUAUGCAGUUUAUCAGCUGAAUUAGCUAGUGUUGGUAGACAAAGAUUUCGUUUAACUUAUAUUACAGAUCGUCUAUUAGUCGUAAGCUAUCCACCUGAAGCAACCAAAACUGAUCAUAAUGAAGGUGCUCGAUGGUUAUGUAAAGCAUUUGAAAAACGUUAUGGUGAAAAUUAUAGGAUAUUUAAUCUGUCCGGUUUCACCAAAGAAUUACACUUUUCAAGUCGAACUCCUGUAAUUGAUCUGUUCUGGGCAGGAAAACUUGCUCCCGCUUUAGAACAACUAGUGACAGCUAUUGAUCAGUUAGACUUUUGGCUUCAUAAUCAUGAUAUUCCAUCAACAAAUGAUAUCAAAAAAUCUAAAGAAAUCAACAAUAUAAAUAAUCGUGUAGCUGUUCUUCAUUGUACCGGACCAAAAUGUCUAUUAGCAACAUAUUUAGCUGUUUAUAUGUGUCAAUCAAAAGCAAGAUUUGGUCCAUUAUACGGACAAAGACCUGGUUCACCAACUGCACGUGGUUUACAAUGGAAUGAGAAUCGAUUAAGAAGAUUUAAACAUGAACUUGUCUUGGGACAUACCAUAUUGAAAAAAUUCUAUGAAGAUAAUUUAGCUAGAGAAUUGAAUCCUUCACAAAAAAGAUAUGUUGGCUAUUUUUCUGGUUUAUUAACUGGUGCAUUAAUUUUACAAGAUCGUUUAGUUUAUUUACAUACAAUUGUAUAUCGUGAUUCAUCAAGAGGACGUUAUCUUGGACAAUCAUUAGAUGCAAUAAUAGAAAAUAAUGAAAAUUCAUUAUAUGCAAAACCAGAUGAAAUUAUCACUAAUCAAUUACAAUCAAUUAAUCAUAAACAUAAUGAUCAAAAUGAUCAAUACAUUAUCAAUCAAAAUGAUUUAUUGAUUAAUAAUGAUCAUUUAAAUGAAAUCGAUAAUGAUCACAAGGAUAAUGAUGAUAAUGAUGAUAUUGAUCAUAUUAAAAGAUGGGAUCAAAUAUUUUCUAGUCCAAUUGAUUUAUUGAAAACAACAAUGAUUACACAACAACAACAACAUCACCACCCCCAACAACAGCAACAUCACCACCCCCAACAACAACAACAAGAACAACACCACCACCACCAUCAACAAACUGAUCAAACGACCUUUAAUGAAUUACCAUCAUUGAAACAGUUUCAAACUUUUGUUGAUAAGGAAUGUGGUCUUUUUUUAAAAAUUUAUCAAAAUUUAAAUUUAAUGCAUACUACAAGAGUUCUAUGCCCAAAUGUGAAUUUUCGAGUGGAACGAUAUAUUUUUCCAAUUGAACCAGUGUUACCAUUGCAUGGUGAUGUUUUAAUCGCUUGUUACAUACAACCAAACUUUUCAACACAACUUCAAGAAUGUUUAUUUCGAGCUCAAUUUCAUACAUGUGCAGUGGAUGCUGAAAAACUAUCCUUUUUCAAAGUUGAUUUAGACGAGGCAUGUGAGAAGACAAUUUUUCCAUCAACUGGUUGUGUUGAAUUAUAUUUUACAUCACAUCGUGAACUUAUUACAGAGCAUACGGAUAAUAUAGAACGUGGUUGUUAUAUAUGGACAACAGCUGAACGUGAAUCGAAUAUCUUAACAACAAGAAAACAAUUAUAUGGAUUAAAUUGUGAUCCAUUUCAACAUCGUGUUCAUAAUGAUGAUGAUGACGAUGAUGAUCAUGAUGAUGAUCAUGAUGAUGAAUUCGUCACUACUAUUCAUGAUAGACAAACAAAUAAAAUUUUCCCAAAAUUACAUAAUUCAUCUAGACAAGCAUUACGUAUAUUGAUUACAACACAAGAACAAUUGAUUAGUGUAGCUGGUGGAUUAUUUACACAAAGUAUUAGUGAUUCAAAAGCUCCAAUGUGGUCUGUUAAUCAUAAUCAAGAACUAACUGAUUCAUCAAAACCCAAUCGAUUGAACUUAAUGCGACAAACAUCUGAUCCAUUAAGUCAUCCAGUAAUACGUGGUCGUAGUCCACAAAGUUCUAAUCAAUGGAUAAAUAUUCAAGAUGCUUCACAUAGUACAAAUCAAAUACCUUUAUAUCAACAAGCAUUGCUUAGUCCUCGAGUAAAAGUUCCACAAAAUAAUAAUUUACUAACUAAAGGUUUAAUUCAAUCAGAUUAUACUGCAAAUAUGUACUCUGAUAUACCACAAUAUCAACAACAAUCUCAACAAUCAACUCAACUUACACAUAAUCAAUCGUCAAGUGGGCAAAUUUCAAUGAAUCGAUCAAAUUUGGCACAAUUACAAAGUUUAUAUCAACAAUUACUUCAACAACAUCAACAACUUUUACAACAACAACAACAACGUCAACAACUCCAUCCACAACAGCAACAACAACAAACUUUGGAUUAUGCAGCUGGUCAACCAAUAGAUAGUAGUCUUUAUGCAACUGUUCAACGUCCAUCCGCUACUAUUCCUAGUUCAUUGGUUGCAAGUUUACAACGUGUAAUUUUACAGCAACAGCAGCAACAGCAGCAACAACAACAACACCAAACUCCAAUGCAACAACAAUUACAGAUUCCUCAGACACAAGCAUCAAUCAUCCCCAGCGUGAGUAUGUAUCCACAGGUCACACCAGCUAUACAACCCUUAACAACACUUAGUCUUUCUGGUUUAUCUACAUCAUCUGCUUUCAAUAAUCUUGCACGAGCUUUACUUCCUACAUCAGUUGCUUAUAAUACUGGAGAAUCAUUAACUGCACCACCAUCAUUGUCUGGUGCUCCACCUCCAACACUAUUUCAUAGUCCUAAUUUAAUGCCAAAUUCUAAUUUACUUCUUUCAAAUUUAAGACCACCAAUGUUUCCCCAACAACAACAACAACAGCAGCACUUGUUACAGAAUUUCCAAAUUCCUUCAGCUAUGGAACCAUCUUAUCUUUCAUCACAAAAUAGAUUAGCUGGUCCAUCAAAUAUGGGAUUAAUUGGUGAUAUUGCACAAACUGAUUUAUUGAAUGAUCCAUCUUGGCAAGCUGAACAAAGACGAAGAAUUGAUCUCCAGAGAACACGUUCAUUGUUGAAUGAACAAGAAAGGAAAUUAUUUGAAGAAUUGAAAAAUAUUCGUAAUCGACGAGCUGGUCUUUCAAAAUUAGAACAAUUUGGACGUUCUACGACUGGUAGUGGUGGCAAUGUUGUUGGUACUUCUGGAUUAACACCUUUAGAAAGUUAUCGUCGAGUUACUAAACGUAUAUCAACUAGUGAAGAUGCACGUCUUAGAAAUCGUAAUAGACCUUUAUAUGCAAUUGGUCGAUCUGGGUCAGCUGAUACAGCAAGAGUACCACUUGGCAGUGGUGGUCAUUAUCCGUAUGGUGAUGCUUAUGGAUCAGAUCUUGAUGAAGAUUCAGCUCUAUUGGCUAUUUUAGAACAAAGAUUAUCUAGAAAACCGGAAAGUCGAAGAAUCUACUCGGAUUCUGAGAUGGGAUUACAAGAUGCAGGUGAUAUUCCAUUACGUAUUGUUGGACAACAACAACGUUCUGGUCAUGUGGUUGACGGGUCUAGUCAAGCUUUCACUGGUCCCACUAUACCAGGUGAACAAAAUGAAGACUCGGAAUUAUUUCCAAGACGGCCAAGGAUACAAGUUGUACAUUCUCCAGUUGAAGCAUCCAAUCAAAUAACAAGUGGACCAACUAGAGGAAGAGCAUUUUCUGGAUCUCCGACAAUUUAUCAAACUCAAGGACCAUAUACAAAAUCAAGAUUAACUUAUAUGUCCCCUGCUAAAAGAUCACAUUUCUGGGGACAUUCAAGUUAUGACGAGCAAUGGUCGAGACAACCCGUCGCCGAUGGACCUACAAUUGAUCGAUCCUCUUGUACUAGUCCAGUACAAACACAUUCUGGUCGUUUACUUCGAUCACCAGUUAGUCCACCAUCUAGAGGAUAUAUUCGACGUCCAUCAGAAAUGAUUGAUGGAGGUAGUCAAUCGGAUACAGCGAUUAUGGCUGGUUUUAGUAGUCGGGUAUGUUAUCCCGGUACUUCAUAUUCUGCACAUGAUCAACCUGUUAGACGACCAUAUAGAGCAAUGCGUGGUAAAACCUCUGAAACUACGAAAAGAAAUAGACCUACACAAGUUCCAGUAUAUCGAAGUCCAGAAGAUCACAAACCGCCAAGACAAAAACAACCAAUUUCAAGUGGCUUAGAACAUAUACCGGAUAAUGCUUUAGUUGUGUUAAGCAGAAUAUCAGCAUCCACUCAUAUAUGGUAUCGUCCUGAAAUGUCACGGAAUGACGCAAUGGACUUAAUCAGAUCAGAAGCUCCUGGAACAUUUGUAGUUCGUAAUAGUGGAAGCUUUCCACAUUCAUUUGGACUGGUAGUUAAAGUUCACAGACAUCAUACUCAUGGUGAAGAAUCCGAUUCUAUACGACAUUAUUUAAUUGAAGGUUUACAAUCUACAACAUCAGCUGUAUAUCAUGCAAUUGGUGUAUCUGGUACAUUAUUACCUCCAUCUAAUAUUCCAAUGGAUUCAUCAGCUUUAAGUGUAAUCCAUGAACCUGUUCGACUUCGUGGAUCUUCAAAUGAACCAAUAUUUACUAAUUUAGUUAGUUUAUUAUAUGAACAUACAAUUCAACCAUUAGCAUUACCAUGUAUAUUAAGAUUACCUUUUAAAUUACCUACUUCAAUCAAUAGUCUUCCGUCUUUAAUAGUAUUAACAAGAAAUUCACAUUCUGAUCAUAUAUCACCAACUUCAAUAGUACCAAAAUAUUCUUCACAAGUUGGAUCCUAUCAUACAGGCUGUGAAAGUCCUCAUGACUUUCAUAGAACGGACAGAUCCCAAGGAGUUUCAGUACGACAUCCUACAGAAUCUCUACCUACUGACUUAGGUUCAUAUGAAAUGGAAUCAUCAUAUAAUCCAACACAACAACACCAACAGUCAGGAACACAUCCCUCACAACCGAGUAUACAUCAUUCAACUAGACAAGAUUCUUUUCUUACACCAUUUAGCGGUUCCAAGUCUAGAUCGACUAGAUCUCCUCCUGCUGUAUAUGAAGGUGAACUAGGACCGAUAGGUCCUCCAGAUUCAGGAAGAACAUUUACAUCGAUCUAUUUAGGAAGUAUUGACACUGAGAAUCUUACAGGUUCUUCAGCAAUUCGUAAAGCAGUUGAUGUCCUUUUAGAAAAUGCAGCUCAGGUUAGACAAACCGAAGUAACAAUACGUGUUUCACAAGAUGGAUUAACAGUUACAGAUAAUUGGAGAAAAUUAUUUUUUCGACGAAAUUAUCCAUUUCAUUCUGUAUCAUUUUGUGCAAUUGAUCCUUGUCAAAGAUGUUGGGAAUCACCUGAACUCAGAUCAAUGGGCUUCAAAUCUUUAUUAAUUUUUGGUUUUGUUGCUAGAAAACAAAAUACAAGAGAAAAUAUGUGUCAUGUAUUAUGUGAUACACCAGAAUGUAAUGCAACUAUAAUUACAGAUUAUAUUAUGCAUCGAUUAAAUGAAUAUUAG